UGUAACGCAGAGCCAGAAAUAAUUCUUCUUUGUACAUGAUAUUUAUUAUAAUAUUUUUCAAGAAUUAAAAAGUUAACAAAAUUUGUGCAGUUCAAUCAACUUAUUCCUCGAUUGAGUACUGUCAUCAAUGAAAAUCAUGACUUAAGCUCAAUUUUAGCGCCAUUUAUGGCCAGUUUGAUUUAAAGCUCAGGACUAUUGCAAGAUUUACUGGCUAUUGUUUGUGCAUCUCAGCUUAUCAUCCCGGGCAGGGGACACACGGUUUCAGUCCAGAAGUGCAGUGAUUGUGUAGCGAAAAACAUCUCCGGUUGAUAGAAUACUCAUUAACGAAAAUGACCACAAACGGCGUUUAUCAGCAAGUGAUCGCUACAUGCAUCAUUAACAUCAUAAACUUCUCACAUGGAGCCGUCUUAGGAUGGUCAUCUCCAUUUCUUCCACUGCUUCAAUCGGACCAAUCUCCUCUGGACUCGGGACCUGUGACAAUCGAACAAGGCUCUUGGAUAGGAUCCAUUCUCUGCCUAGGCGCUUUGCUCGGAACUUUGAUUUACGGAACUCUGGUACCGAUAUUGGGUGUCAAAAAAGCCAUCCAUUGCCUAUCUUUACCAAAUGCAAUCUUUUGGUUGAUCGUAUACUUCGGAACAUCUGUCUAUCAUCUUUAUCUGGCACGGUUUCUAGCUGGAGCUUGUGGAGGAGGAGUUAUUGUAACUUUUCCUCUCUUUAUUGCCGACAUUUCUGAUAGCAAGAUCCGAGGUGUUCUUGGCUCUAUACUAGCUUUUUCCGGCAAUCUUGGAAUUCUUGUGAUCUACAUCGUUGGAGAUUGGCUAUCGUAUCGUACUGUACCUGUUGUGAUGAUCAUCUUACCAGUGACAUUCUCUGUGCUGUUAUUUUUCAUUCCGGAAACUCCUCAAUCCCUGCUGAAGCAACGCAGACUACCGGAAGCUGAACGAUCUUUGAUGUUCUAUAAAGGCAUCGCGAAGCAGGACAUCAAGUUUUCUAAUUUCGAACAAGAGUUUGAACAACUUAGAAGCUUCGUACUGGGGGUGAAGGUUGAACAUCAAAAGCUACAAUUUGAUGAUUUCUCUUCACCAAUGGCUCGCAAUGGAAUACUGAUCGGAAUAUUUCUAAUGUUCUUGAAUCAAUUUUGUGGGGUGUUUGCCAUCCUAACCUAUGCGGUAACGAUUUUUGAGGAGUCUGGAUCAACUUUAAAACCGGAAGCUGCAUCAAUAAUCAUUGGAGCUAUACAGCUAGUUGGUAUAAUUGGAUCGUUUAUUUUCAUCGAUUUGGCUGGAAGGAAGCUGCUGUUGUUGGUUUCGACCUUUGGAACGGGAAUCGGGAUGUUCACCCUCGGGGCGUACUCUUGGCUAAGGGUGAACCAAGUGAAUCUGGAAGGUUACGGCUGGAUUCCGGUUGUCAGUUUAUCCUUUGGAGUAUUCAUGUUCUGUAUAGGACUUUGCAAUAUUCCUUUUUUCGUGCUGCCGGAAAUUCUCCCAGCAAAGAUUUGCAACGUCGGAAAUACCAUCAGUAUGAUAUCGGUGUGCAUAUUUUCCUUCAUUACUUUAAAAAUUGUUCCUGUUUUGAUGGCAACAAUUGAGCUUUAUGGAGUUCUAACAAUUUUUGGAACAACGUGCUUCCUGGGACUGAUUGUGGUUGCUGUGUUUAUUCCUGAAACUAAAGGGAAAAAUUUAGUGACACCGUUGUAGGUGCGGUCGAUUGUUUUUUUAGACCAAACCCACCGGGCGUUGCUAUUUCGGUCGGUAUUUUGGAUGCUUUGAUUGGUUGCGUUUUUAUCUACUUACUGAUUUUCGCACCCAUUGUUGCUAUCCAGGUUGAUAUUUGUGUUUGUUUAUUUUCUGAUAGCGACGACCGGCUGCGUUGCUACCGGGUUGCUACAUAAACGAAUCCUGUAACAACCUACUGCUCGAAUGCUAUUCCUCGAAUCAAGUUAGCGACUGUUGGUGCGAUGAUGGGUUGAUAGAUAUGUUGCUGAAUGUACUCGAUUCGAGGUCUAGCAACCAUUGGUGGGCAUGGUCUUAGACCAAGCCCACCGGGCGUUGCUAUUUCGGUCAGUAUUUUAGAUGGUUUGAUUGGUUGCGUUUUUAUCUAUUUACUGAUUUUCACACCCAUUGUUGCCAUACAGGUUGGUAUUUGUGUUUGUUUAUUUUCUAAAGGCGACGAUCGGCUGCGUUGCUACCGGGUUGCUACAUAAACGCAUCCUGUAACAACCUACUGCUCGAAUGCUAUUUCUCGAAUCAAGUUAGCGACUGUUGGUGCGAUGAUGGGUUGAUGAAUUUGUUGCUGAAUGUACUCGAUUCGAGGUUUAGCAACCAUUGGUGGGCAUGGUCUUAAUAAGGUAUAAUUAAAUAUAUGUCCAAUGUUUGUCCAAAAUAUUUUUUUUUUUUGUUUCGAUUAUCCAAAAUAUUUUAAUUAGUU